AUGUGCUAUGGCGCUCCCUUUAAACCCCGCGAUUAUGAUGUGAUUGAGCGUGGGAUGAAAUGCAGGAUGUGGGAACUUGACAAGUGCGAUUCCUUUAUUAAUGGCACUGCUGCAUCAUACAUUAGGCACUGUGACAGCUGCACGGCAUCAAUUCGAAGGGACUUAUAUAAAUACCAAUCACAAACUAAAACGACGUGGGGGGCUCACCGAUGUCGGAUUAUAGAUCUUGAAGUACAUAUGCAGUGA